AUGAACUUGUGCACCAGAGAAUCGCCCAUCGACAACCACGACGACCAUCCCACCGACGACACCAACGACACCGUCAAGAUGGUCAACCUCACCACCCAAAAGCGCCUGGCGGCCUCCGUCGUAGGCUGCGGAAAGCGCAAGAUCUGGCUCGAUCCUAAUGAGACCAGCGAGAUCUCCAACGCCAACUCUCGUCAAACCAUCCGCAAGCUCGUUGCAGAUGGCCUCAUCAUCCAAAAGCCCGUCACUAUGCACUCGAGAUCCCGCGCCCGUGAGCUCACAGCCGCCCGAAGAAUUGGUAGACACCGUGGUUUCGGAAAGCGUAAGGGUACUGCGGAUGCCCGUAUGCCUAGCCAAGUCGUCUGGAUGCGCCGUCUUCGUGUCCUCCGCCGUCUCCUCGUCAAGUACCGUGCCAGCGGUAAGAUCGAUAAGCACCUUUACCACGAGCUCUACCACUUGAGCAAGGGUAACACAUUCAAGCACAAGAGAGCGUUGGUUGAGCACAUUCACCGAGCCAAGGCUGAGAAGGCGCGUGAGAGAAUCCUCAAGGAGGAGAUGGAUGGCAAGCGUGCGAAGGUUAAGGCUGCCCGUGAGCGAAAGCAGGAGAGAGUUGCGGCCAAGCAACGUGCACAGUUCGGAGAUGACGAGGAGACUGAGACCAAGUAA